AGGAAGAAGACGAUGAUGACGAAAUGCAGGAAUUCCAUGAAGUCAUGAAUGUGGACAAUCUAGCAACCCCUCGCAAGUAUACGUUCCGUAAAAAACAACCUUGUUCAUUUAAAAGUCAGAUUACGGAUUACAUGAACAUGCUAUCCGGAUCAGAAAACGAAUCAGAGGACUUGAACAGAGACGAUGAUGAAUACCAAGAUGACUCGGGCGAUUCUCCUCUAUCUACACCCUCCUCCAGUCCAGUAAAAUCUUCGUCGCCCUCUUCCUCGAAAAAAGGCAAAUCUGCUGUAACAACCGCAGGCCACACUGCGAAACGUUUCAACACAUCAACCGACUCAACAUCUACUUUGUCCAGCACUAACAACGACUCUCGCUUGCAAAAUUUUGCCUUUUCUAAAAACUCUUCAUCUCCAACCAAAACAAUCUCUUCAUCUCCGACAACCAGCACGGCCGUCUUAUCUCCACAAGACCGUAAAAAGGGACGUCAAAAACAACGGCAAAGGACUUUAAAUCCAAAAUGA